GGUAAUGGGAACUCGUGACGAAGAGACUCGCCGCUUUUUCAAGCACUCUACGGUGCAAGUUUUGCUUUGUCCUCGUUCAGCUGGAAAAAAACACAGCUUUGUGAAACAACAUGAAACAGGAACUAUCUAUACCCAUCAUCAAAAACAAGUUGUUGUAGAUGCUGAUGCUGGUAAUAACAGAAGAAAAAUAGUAGCUUUUAUUGGAGGCCUUGACUUAUGUGGUGGCCGUUAUGACACACCUGAGCAUCCCAUCUUUAGGACGCUGCAAACACUGCAUAAGGAUGACUAUCACAAUCCUAAUUUUGUGAACUAUGAUGAGAGUGGUCCUAGAGAACCAUGGCAUGAUAUGCACUGUAGAAUUGAUGGUCCAGCAGCUUUUGAUGUUCUGCAAAAUUUUGAAGAGCGUUGGUUAAAAGCUGCAAAGCAUCAUGGGAUCAAAAAGUUAAAGAAAUCAGAUGACUCAUUGCUCAGUAUUGACAGAAUUCCAGAUAUUAUAGGGAUUGAUGAUACAAUAUACAGGAAUGAUAAUGAUCCUGAGACUUGGCAUGUUCAGAUUUUCCGGUCAAUUGAUUCAAAUUCAGCAAAAGGUUUCCCAAAAGAUCCAAGCGAUGCUUCCAAUAAGAACCUUGUUUGUGGGAAAAAUGUAUUAAUUGAUAUGAGUAUACAUCAAGCUUAUAUUCAUGCCAUCCGAGCUGCACAACACUUCAUUUACAUUGAGAAUCAGUAUUUUCUGGGUUCUUCAUUUGGCUGGGAUUCAAAUAAGAACUUAGGUGCCAAUAAUCUUAUACCCAUUGAAAUUGCUUUUAAAAUUGCUAGUAAAAUAAGAGCAAACGAGAGGUUUACUGCAUACAUUGUUAUUCCCAUGUGGCCAGAGGGUAAUCCAACUGGUGCUCCUACACAAAGGAUUCUAUUCUGGCAGCACAAAACUAUGCAAAUGAUGUACGAGACAAUCUAUACAGCCUUGAAGGAAGUUGGUAUUGAGAAUACUUAUGAGCCACAAGAUUAUUUGAACUUCUUUUGCUUGGGGAAUCGUGAAGUUUCUGAUCUUAAUAAUUCAAAUCAGAUUGCAGAAAAUUCUCCUCAAGCACUUGCAAAGAAAAGCAGACGCUUCAUGAUAUAUGUGCACUCAAAGGGCAUGAUAGUGGAUGAUGAAUAUGUUAUUAUAGGAUCAGCAAAUAUCAACCAGAGGUCCUUGGAAGGUACCAGGGAUACAGAAAUUGCAAUGGGCGCAUACCAACCAGAGCAUACAUGGGCAAGAAAACUCUCUGGUCCCCGGGGACAGAUUUUCGGUUAUAGAUUGGCAUUGUGGGCUGAGCACCUUGGAACCCUUGAGGAAUGUUUUGCUUCACCUGAGAGCGUUGAAUGUAUGAGAAGGAUUCGCAACCUUGGUCUACGGAAUUGGAGACAAUAUGUGGCUGACGACAUUACUGAAAUGAAGGGCCACUUAUUGAAUUACCCAGUGGAAGUUGAUAGGCAAGGCAAGGUGAAACCUAUUCCUGGCUAUGAAACUUUCCCAGACAUUGGUGGCAAUAUCUGUGGAUCAUUUUUUGGCAUUCAAGAGAACCUUACCAUAUGAGUUUUGUUCUUCACAAUUGUAUAGAUCAAUCCAAACAGUUGAGACUCAGUUUCGAUCAUUGUACCAUUAUAUAUGGAUCAAACACUUCCAGAAUGGCCUCCCUGUUCACUAGAUUAAACCUGCUUCAUUUUCAGCCAUUUACAUCUGCUGACUGAAGGUAUCCAUCAAGUCUAAAAUUGUAGCGGAGCUUAAGCAUUAUUCAUCUUCAUGAUCUCAAGUUUUUUGUCACCAAACGAGAUUCUGCAAAAGAAAAAUAAAAAGCUUUGCUGAGUGUAGGUUUUCAGCCUCCUUUGUGACUUCUUUAUGUUGCAACUUCAGCAAUGUAAAGCUAUGGGCUUGUGUACUUAACUCAAUCCCAUUGCAUCCUUUUUAGUGUUAUGUGAAUUUAGCUGUUAAAUUAAUGCCAUACAUUACUUUUAGUAUUAAAGGUCUUUUGUAUCCUGGAAUUUUUGGGCACAAUAA